AUGUUGUUCAAGAAAAUAUGUCUAGAUUGCGUGGACAUUAUUUUAAUUUGUUUGACCCUUUUUAUUGGCGCAGGCGCGCAGUUUCGGUCGGAUUACACAUACAGCAAGCAUACUAACGCCUACUACAAGUUCCACAUAGAGAGCGCGUCGAACGCCCGAGCCUCGGACGUCUGCGAGGCAGAGGGCUCCAAACUCAUGGUGGUGACGUCACCAAGAGACCUGGAUGUAGCCCACGGCAUGCUGAAGGUUUACCCCGACCUGGACGGCAAAGCCUGGAUCGCCACCGAUGGGAAAGAACAUCCUGACGAAGACGAAGACUAUAGUGAUUAUGAUAGUGUUGAACCGCUAUUGACAUUGGUAUCUCAAGGACGCAUUAUGAGUGGCACCAAGUGUAAUGUGCUGACGAGGGACGGAGAGGUGAGGACUGCUCACUGCAUCACCCGCCAUCCGUUUGUCUGCAAGACUGACGCUAGCGACGUCCAAUAUGACCCAUACUGCAAGAUCUACGUUAAAGGCUACCGAUACUUUGACGCCCAGAAAAGUUGCUACAAAGUACCCAAGUACGCUGCCUCGUGGAACGAAGCGUACAGCUACUGCCAGGCUGAGGGAGGGCAUUUGGUGGUAGUCAACUCCGUAGCCGAGCAGCAGGUUGUCAGGAACCUGACGAAGGUCGCGAGGGCUGUAGGCAGCGAAGUGCCCUGGUUCUACUUUGUCGGAGUACGAGCUCAGAAACCAAAGGAAGGCGGGACUCCAGACUUCAGGACAAUACUGAACCAAACCUUACCGGAAGCAGGGUUUAACACGUGGUGUACAGGCGAGCCCAACAACAGUGACGGCAACCAGUACUGCGGGACCAUACUCACUUUUGACGGAAAAUUUAACGACGAGGACUGCACCAAGACUCUGGGCUUCGUAUGUGAAAAGGAGCUUUAGAAGCCCGCCCUAUCUGUAUAAUGUAUUUGCGGAGUUAGCCAUUCCAGAAGAUUAUUUUUAUAAGAUUGUAUCAUGUAAGCUAAAUCAACUAUCACAGAAAUGUAUUGAUAGGCAUAUUAUGUCGGAUCUGCGUAAUUUGGGUUGUGACGAAGAUUACGGCUAUUAUUAAGCCAAUUAUGGCUGCGUUUCCUGGUGGAAAAAAGUGGAAGCUGCGUUGCGAGGAAUGUGUUUUGUGAAAAUGAAGAUUCAAUAGAACCACUGCGCUAAUCGAGAUCAGGCAAAGGAAUUGACGCUAUUGUUUCUCAAAAUUUCAUCGCAGUACAGCUUUUGUGAAAAAGGCUGCGUUUAAAGGAUAUCUGGAAAUAAA